AUGAUCGCAACAGUCUCUUUCGCAUUUGCUCUCGCCAUGCGCUCUGCGAUGGGUCAGCCCGCCACAGAUGACCUCUACAGCAAGUGGCAACCUGCCGACCCACAUGAUUCCCGCGGUCCAUGCCCCAUGCUCAACACCUUCGCAAACCACGGCCUCUUCCCUCGCGACGGCCUGCACAUCACCCGCCAAGAUCUCCACCACGCCAUGGGUGACGGCCUAGGUUUCGUCGAGGAAGUCAUCAACCUCACUUUCGACCAAGCCCUGUUAACUAACCCUCAGCCAAACGCAACCUGGUUCGACCUCUGGCAUAUUGGUCGUCCAGAUACGCUCGAACACGAUGCAAGCCUGAGCCGUCAGGAUGCAUACUUUGGAAAUGCGUCGACGUUUCAUCAGGCGACUUUUGAGCAGACGACAAGUUACUGGAAAGGGGAUACGCUGGAUCCGUUGAUGUUGACGAACUCGAGAAUUGCGAGGCAGUUGCAGAGUCGGGUGGAUAAUCCGACGUAUACGUUUACGGAGAGGACGGCGGAGAUUAGCACCGGAGAAACGACAUCCUUUGUGAUUGUUCUCGGCGAUUGGGAGACUAUGACUGCUCCUAGGAACUAUGUUGAGUACUUUUUUGAGAACGAACGCCUGCCUACCGAGCUUGGUUGGACAAAACCCGCGGAGCCGAUCACCAGAGAAGUCAUCCAUCGUUUUGGGGAGGUCUUUACAGACGCGCAGAACUUCAUCACAGAUGCGGGGGGUAUGGCUACUGCUGUUGCUCCUGGGCAGGCUGAGAAGAGGGAUGUGCAUGCUAUGUAUUGA